AUGCAGCCACGCCACAGACGCUACUCCCCAGAGCUUGAAAUGCAGCAGCACAUGCCGCCGGAGCUGCUGCUGUGUCCUGAAAAGGUGCGGCGGAAAGCAAAGCGGCAGCUCUUGCGGCAGCUGUGCGCAGCCCAAGCAGAGGCUGCAUUGCCGAACGGUGCAGCGCAGCGGCAGAAUGACUUUCGGCAGGGGCUCCCCGCCAAAACGGAGGCUGCCGUGCAGCACGCCGCAGCACAGAAGGAGGAGCAUUACCGUCAGCUGCUAGCUGCACAAGCAGAGGCCGCCCUGCAGAACGGUGCAGUGAAGAGGCAGCAGCUGCAGCGGCAGAGAGCUGCUGCAUCCGCUGCCCUCCAGCGAGGUGCAGCACUGCAGCACGGGAGGAUGCAGCUGGACCUGCUUCCAGACCCCAUAAAGGCUGUGGAGAUGCAGCAGCUGGCCUCGCUCCUUCAGAGAACUGAUGAGCAGGAAAGGACGAUCGCUGCAGCCAUGGAGGUUCUGCAGCAUGCUCACAGCAACACUGGCCACCUUGGCCAGGGCACACCGGCUGGCGCGGUGUUACUGCCUGAAGAUCAGCCACCAGAGCUCACUGUCCUUGUCAGCAACAUCAACGGCUCUGCAACGCGCCGGCAGGUGAGGGAGGCCUUUGAAUUCUGGGGCCCAGUUGCCAAUGUUGAGGGCCCCUUCCCUGCUGUGGAGAUCCGCACUGUGCAAGGGCAGAGAACUUACAUCAACACCAUCUGGGCCUUUGUCAAAUUUGGGAAGCCAGCAAACUUCAACCAUGUCUGCCAUGCGUUUAACACGUACCCCUCUGACUGGAUGGUGUCGGAUGGCAGCGGGGGCUCUGGCUCGGAGCCUUCCCAAGAGGAGCUGGUUGCCUGGCACCCCCCUCCCUUGGCUGCUGACAGGGCCAGGCUGCCAGUCGAGGAACAGCUAGAAAUUGCUGCCAGGCACCUGAUGAAUGACUACACAUCACAGCUGGUCAGACAACAGCUGAGCAGACACAGCAGGGAUCCACUGCAUGCCUCCCGCAUCAUAUUGGUCAGCGACCUCAGUCCAGUCUGCACAAAACAGCAGGCAUCUCGAGGCUGCAACAACAGUUUGCCACCAAUAGCAUUCCAGACUCUGGUGCAGCACUUCCGAUUUAUACUGAAGCAGCCUACAGAGGAGGCUCCCUGCCCCAACAUCUGCAUCAACAACCUCAACCACACCGCCACCAGGAGCCAGAUUGAACAGGUCUUCAGCUGCUUUGGGCAUGUUCGCAAAACUAAAGGGCCUGGACUUCUGAGCGUCAACUACGUGCACCUGCAAGACUUGGCCUUUGUGGAGUUUGAGGACAUCCAGGCUGCAGCAUUUGCCUUCCAUGCCUUCCGAGAUUCCCAAUUCGCAGCUGUGGCCCACACGCUGCCAGAAAUUCAGAGCCUGGCGAUUGGGAGCAGCCUGCAAGUAGAGUUUGCAACGUGCAUGGAGGCCUCUGAAAACCAAUCCUCUGACAACCCCAACAGCGCGGAUGCUGAGGCUCUUAUUCCCUCACCAGCUGAAGAUGAAGCCAUACAGACGCAGCAGGCAGUCAGCAGGCAGAAAUGCAAACACCCAUGGGCGCCUCAGGCCAUGCAGCAGAGCCAGAAGCUCACCUCCUCUAUUUUGGCUUUGGAUCCCAGCAUGUGGUCCUCACGCUCACUAUGGAUUGGCAACAUCGGCUGGAAUGUCACAAGAGCCCAGGUGCUGGAAGUGUUUGGCAAGUUUGGAGAGAUCUGCAGCAUCACUGGGCCUCGUCGCAGCUUCCUUCCUUGUAGAAUGAUUUCUCGCCAGUGGGCCAUUGUGGACUUUGCACAGCCCCUGUCUGCAGCCACAGCCUGCUGGGCCUUCCAGGAUGCGACUGUCUCAGCUGCUGCUCACAGGUGGGCGGAUGUCCGCUGGGCUGCGGCUGGCCCCUGGCCCUACUGGUGCCUGAAGGUGAAUCUCAGGCAGCCUCGUGCGCACAGGCCAGCUCGCACACCAGUCAGCAGAACAGCCCAGUCCUCUCACAGCAGCAAAUCCCAACCAGCGCAAGACACAGCCUACAGCCCUUCAAAGAGCAACAAUGUGGCCACAGCAGACUUGCACUGCCAGUCACCACAGCUCAGCCGAGAUAGACUCAAACACGAGGGGACGCCCACUGAGGCAGGCAGUGCCGAGCGCAGUGGGCAGUCAUCUUCAGGCAGAACACCUCAGAACACUGCACGUGCCUCUGCUGCAGUCAAGUCAGGGGGCAACGACGCAGGCAGCUCAGGGGGCAAAAAAGCAGAGGUGCACCCGCCCACAGCAAACAGCUCAAGCAAGGAUGGGGCAGGCCAGAAUGCUCACAGGGCUGUCCCCAUCAUUGCAAAGCGUUUCCAGCGCUCUGCCGUCGCAGGGCCCUUCCGGCCCUCUGCCGUCCACUUCAUGCCGGACAGCCAGCCCGUCUGCAUCUAUGACUGGAAGCACCAGCCUCACCGCCGCCGCUACCGGCCUCCCAGGCAGGCACGAUGGCGCCGCAGGCAGCAGUCACACCAGCAGCUCAUCAUGCAGCAGCAGCACGCGCCCUACUGGCAGCGUGAGCAGACCACAAUGUACAGAACCGGCCGCGCAUGCGAGCGCAGCAGGAGACCUACGGGCACCCAGAGCAGUUCCCUCUGCCAGCCUGAGCAGCCCACCUUUUCCCAGAACCAGCCGCACAUGCAACCAGAGCAGGAGGAAUUUUGGCAGCCAAGGCAGUUCCCUCAGCAGGCUGAGCAGGGAUUCCUGCCCCAGAACCAGCCGCACAUGCAGCCGCAGCAGGAGGCCUACUGGCGGCCAGAGCAAUUUCUGCUGCAGCCUGAGCUGAUUGCCUUGCUACAGAAACAGCAGUGCAUGCAGCCGCAGCAGGAGACCUACUGGCAGCCAGAGCAAUUUCCUCAGCAUUCUGAGCAGACCACCUUGCCCCAGAACCGCCAGUGCAUGCAGCCACAGAAGGUGCACCGGCAACAGCAGAGGAAGGAGUACCGCCCCAAAGGAGUCCAGCACAGCAGGGGAGGAUGGUGGUGA